CUUUCACCGUUGCGUUCUAUUUCCGGCGUGGCUGCGUUCAUCGUUGCUGUAGAAUUUUCGUAAUUUGCGUGGCGUACGGGUCCAAUCGCCAUUUAUAUUUUACUUUAAAGUGAUCGUAAAGGUGUGGAUAUCCUGGAGUGUUUGUGCGCUUGGAACAAAUAAUACUGAUUCGAUUAAAAUUGUUUUCGUCCUUGGUCUAAUUGCUGGAAAUGGCCGAGCAAGCACCAACUGAAGUCAAGCUUCAACCCCCAGCCAAACAAGAAACACCCGAACAGAAGAGUAAUGGACGGGAGUCUCUUAACUUUACGGGGCCACGGCGUGGUCGUGGUGGAAGCCGUUUCAACGCUGGUCCCAUGGGUCGAGGUGGAGGUUAUUCAAAUCAGGCCGAAGCUCCCAAAGCAACUCCGAUUGUUGAGAAAGAACCUGGCGAAACUUCGAAUUCUAGCAGAGAUAUAGAACCUGCUGGGCCCCCAAGACGGGGUGGAGGCGGCCCAAAUCGCUUUAAUAGCGGGCCUGGACGGGGAUUUGGUUUUAGAAAUAGGGGCCCUGGGGGCGGAGAGAGGGAUCAAAUGAACCAUCAAGACUUCAAAGGAGGCAGAGGACGUGGAAGAGGUGGUUUCCGAGGAGGGCGUUCAGAUCAGGGUCGAGGAGGAAAUCAAGAGGAACAAAGCGGCGAAGGAGAAGGUGGUUUCAGGCCCAGAGGACCAAUUGACAAAGUUGCUGAGAGAAUUAACUCAUUCCAAGGACCUACCUUCGAUUUGCCUCCAAUUGAUAUGAGUGAAAAGAAAUUUAAUGGCAGAAACAGAUUGUAUGUGGGGAAUAUUGGAGGCGAGGUGACAGAAGAAGACUUAACUGAAAUGUUCAAGUCGUAUGGCGAGACUGCCGAAAUAUUCUUAAACAAAGAUAAGAAUUUUGGCUUUAUUAAGUUGGACUAUCACGCAAAUGCCGAAAAGGCCAAAAGAGAGCUCGAUGGAACAUUGCUGAAGGGCAGAAGUUUGAAGAUCAGAUUUGCUCCUAACAGUGCAACUAUUAAAUUGAGAAAUUUGACGCAAUUCGUAACUAACGAGUUAUUGUAUCAUUCUUUCCUUCCCUUUGGCGAAAUCGAGAAAGCGCAUGUGUCUGUUGAUGAACGUGGAAAACCUACCGGUGAGGGUUACAUUCAUUUUGCAAGAAAAUUCUCGGCAACCACGGCCAUCAAAAAAUGUUCAGAAGGUUGCUACUUCUUGACAACAUCUCUACAACCAGUCAUUGUUGAACCAUUUGAAGUUGUCGAUGAUGUUGACGGAUUCUCAGAUAGAAACGUUACUAGAAAACAUCCGGAAUUCAUGAAGGAACGUGACCAACCACCAAGGCUUGCGCGCCCCAAUAGCUUUGAGUUUGAGUAUGGUCAGAGGUGGAAGGUACUCUAUGAACUCCAUCAACAAAAGGAAGAAGCGUUGAAAAAGGAGUUGCAACUAGAGAAAGAAAAACUUAUUGCACAGAUGGAAUAUGCUAAAUACGAACAUGAGACGGAAAUGCUACGAAACCAGCUGCGGGCCAGGGAAAUGGACAAAGAUCGUCAGAAGCGGGAAUGGGAGAUGAAGGAAAGAUUGGCGGAAGAAGAACGUGUUCGUCAAGAAGAGGUAAUGCGAAGACAGCAGGAGGAAAUGGAAGCUAGAAUGAUAGCUGCGCAGGAGGACAUGAGAAGGCGACAACAGGAAAACAGCCUCUUCAUGCAGGCGCAUAAUUUGGACAACCUCUUGGAUCAGCAAGAGCAAGCUUAUGAUCAGCCACCAUAUGGCGCAAAUUCUGAACAUAAUGUGGGAGGAAUUGACGAGGAUCCGAAACAAUUCAUGAGCUCGUAUGAGCGUCACAACCGUUACGAAGGACGUGAUGGUGGUCAAGCCAGGGCUUCAAACGCCCAUUCUGGAAGGGGCCACUGGGUCAGCGAUAACAGACGCGGCGGCGGUGCAGACGAAUAUCAGAGCAAACGGCGCAGAUUCUAAUUAACCAGUCUUAACCACUAAUAGUUUUAAAGAUUAAUUUUCAGUUCCAGGGCGCCCAAUUCAAACGGAUAUCAAAUGUAUAUCAGUUUUAAUGAUUCGCAUUGUGGUAGAUACACCAAAAAAGUGAAUUUUCCAACGCUCAAAAUCGGGGCUGGACUUACAUAAAAUUGUAAAAUUCAUCCUCCACUGAAGAAUUUCAGUCAUUGGAAAAUUAUAAAUAUUGGCAUGUACAUUGGCUACAUGUCAGUGUCCAUUGUUGUAUAGUUAAUAUUUAUCUUGAAAACGCUACAGUAUUGAGUUGCGGUUCGUUUAUAAAUACGGGCCUUGGAUAGCCGCUAAAAUGGAAAAGCUUCCGGAAAUUUUAUUGUUUACUAAUAUUUAUAAUUUUCGAACGCCUCAGGUUCUUAAUCGAAUAAUGGAGUAGACCAGUUGCGGAAAACUUGCUUUCUUCAUGUGUCUACUCUUUACAGUAGAUCAGAGAAACGUUGAUCUUCGGUGCAUUUGAGUCUAGAAAAUACGAGAAAGAAUACCGCAAAUCAAGCGUAUUAUAUAUCUGGAUCAAACCUUAGAGAAGAAAUAUUAGUCUCUAUGGAUCAAAAACUUAAUUUAAUCCAGAGACUAAUAUUUCUCUAACUAACCAGCAUAGUCGUCGUACGCAUUGAAUUUAAUAGAAAUUUUAACUUUAGUGAUUGAAGACUUUUAUCGGUAAAAUACAAUGCCAUUACGUUGCUUCAGUCGGCAGCAUACUUGGCCCUGCUUAUUAAGAAUGAAUAAUCUAUUUUUAUUUAUUGAGGAAUACAAUUUACAACCCUCAAAAAAAUUGUGGUCAGUUGUAGUAUUUACACAUGACCCACAAAUGGACGGUGAUUAGCAGUCAAAAAAGAAUUUUGUUUAUAAUACUCAAUAGAAGAUUGAUUUCGGACGUAGUGAAUAUAUUAUCGCUUUUGUACGUUAUCCUCUUCUUUAAUGAGUCGGGGUUGCUCUCCGUUCACAUAUGAACAGUGCACUAGUACACGUGAAAAUAGUUAAUUGUUUUAUUUCGCUUUAUACUCUAGAGAUUAAUUCUAGUAAACGGAAGGCUAUUUCUCGUCUGUUUACGUUUUGGUGAUUUACUCCUUUUUACUCUGAUGAAAAUAAGUUCAGAUUAUAUGGACUUUUUGAUAUUUAUGAAUUUACACAAAAGAAUAUUAUUUAUUUAUUCAAAAUCGUAGUUUCAAUUAUAUUAUGAUCAAACUAUUCAGUUUUAAUUAAUUAUUAUAAUUAACGUAAUCGCGUACUGAAGGUAGUAAUUAGUGGCGUAAGUUCACUUCCAGUACAGGUUUUUCUCGGGGGUGGGCGCCCUUUUUGUUUUUAACAUUUACGCAUCAAUAAUCUAUAGAAAUAAUUUGAAAUUUUAAGAGCUAUUUAAAUAAUUUAAUAUUUCCGCGAUCGAUUUUAGUACCCAAUCAAUUGAGUAAUUAAUUUCAAUCAACGGCAUUAAUGUAAGAACUUCAAAUUUAGAUGUUUUAGUAGUAUUGUGUGGUGGUUUAAUAUGUAUGCAAUUCAAUAUAUGACCUACUUACUGUCAAAAUAAAUA